AUGGGCUCCCCUCGUUAUUCGGAGCUAGGACUGUCCUUGGGAAUCCUCGAGGAGGACCUACGUUGGUACUGGAAGUUAUUAGCAAGCAUCUCAGCUUGGCUUCUUCUCGCUGGAUUUGUUGUUUUCCCUCUUGCGAUCGAUAACAAUGCGGACGAUAUGCGCGGCGGCCAGUUUGCUUUGGCCGCUACCGGCACAGCCCUCGUCGGCGUUGGCUACCUGGUGUGCGUUGGUUUCUGUUUGCGAUGGAGGAAGAAGCAUUAUUUGGUCGACUUCAUUUUCAUACCGUGCUUCGGAUCGAGCCUUAUAGGCGUCUUUAACGUAGCCUUGAAUAUUUUAGUAAGGCGGCUAACACCCCUCACCGCCCUCUCUAUCGCAGUCAUAACCAUUUCCACCGUUUCUACUGCUGCAUUUGGAGCUGCGGCUAUUUACAACUCUCAUAAUGUUGUUUUCGUACCGCGACGUUACGCCUUCCGGCGGGGACGGAACGGGGAGGUUUCUGUCGAUGACGCAGAACUGCAACGAAGACAGCUUCUGCGACUUUAUUUACAGCAAGAUGCAGACCGGGCACCCAGUCCUGAGGUCACUCAGAGCACCUUCCGCAUCGAUCUCCCUGAUCCGGGCUUAGAUGGAGACGAAGAAUUAACAGUCAAACCGCCAAGAUCACCCUACGAACGCCCUCUACCACCCUCUCCACCACCUGGUUAUGCCCCAGGCAGGAUAAGUAAUCGAUCAUUACCACAUAAUGGGAGUAUUCGAAAAGGCACACCUGGAAGAACGCGACCCCAUCGACAUGAACCGAGAGAAAUGAGACGAUCCAUUGUCGAACUAGGCGAUCUAUAA